UCUGGCAACACAAAGAGAGCCGCGCCAAGGCUCCCUGGUUGGUCUACCUGGGGAAGUGAGGGCCCCAAGGAACAGUUGCUGGCUGCGCGUCUUCAGUGGCGGUACAAGUAUCUGCUGAGCUGGGUAUCACUACCUCUGGCACAAUGAAGUGGCUUGGUGGCAUUCUACUCCUGCUUGUGACUGUCAACGGCCAGUUGUCCGACAACCAGACUGGGGAGGCUCUCAGUGGUCUGUUGGCGGAGAAAGUGGCUGAACGACAAAACUUCAACUUAGGUGGCGACGACUCCUGCUUCACUCCUGACAACGAGCCCGGCAGAUGUGGUCCUCUAACUGAUUGCCCUGUAUACCUGCCGCUAGCCAGACAACUCCAACAGCAAGACAUCAUCAACUUCUUCACCAGCCGCAUAUGCAGACUCUUAUUUCGGACGGUGCACGUGUGCUGCCCAACAAACCCUAACCCCCUCAUGCCUGGUGGGUCCAUCCAGAUUUCACCACGACCCACAACCUCCAUCAAUAUUAACGAUUGUGGGAUCCCCUCCGGCGACAGGGUCAUAGGAGGCACCGAAGUGGAAUAUCCCGGGAAGUGGCCCUGGUUGGCAGCCCUGGGGAUCCGUAGGUUCGGCAGGUUCAUCCCCACGUGCGGCGGAACCCUCAUCACAUCCCGCCACGUCCUCAGCGCAGCUCACUGCUUCAAAGAUAAGCAACAAUCUCCGAAUAUCGUAAGGCUCGGGGAGCACAGCCUGAGCAAGACUGACGAAGGCGCAAACCCACAGGACUUCAGCAUCGUUGAGCAGCGUAACAACGGCUACAACUCAAAGACCCAAGAGAACGACAUCAUAAUUCUCGUCCUCGACCGAGAAGUCCAAUUCUCUUCACUCGUCGUACCAGCAUGUCUGCCCUACAACGAAGUAAAUAACGAAUUCGAGGGCCAGAGCCUGACUGUUGUUGGCUGGGGAACUACCUCUACCUCGCCAAGGACGGAUGUGCCUAUGGAAGCAGACGUGUCAAUUGUCCCCAGGAGUCAGUGUGUUACAGCAUACCUCAAUACCCAAGACCGUCCCGUGGUGGAUGAGAGGCAACUGUGUGCGGGCGAGGGUACUCGGGAUUCAUGCAGUGGUGACAGCGGUGGACCCCUCAACCACCGGGGUCCUGGCGGGAGGUACACCGUGGCGGGCAUUGUAUCCUUCGGGGUGGGGUGUGCCAGGGCAGAAUUCCCAGGAGUGUACACCAGAGUGAGCAGCUUCCUCGACUGGAUUGAGAAGAAUGUCCAGUAAUACAGGCGUCGACUCUGCCCGGGUAACACGUUUGGCACGUCUUGUGUCACACUUCUCUUUGACACCAGGAACAACAACAACAAUAAAGAGUUACAUCAACUCCAAAAAAUGACAUAGAAAAAAUGGUUGCCGCUUCACUUAUUAGAUGGCUACUUCAGCUGGACUAUGUUUAAGGUGUCGUAGCUGCCGCCAAGACAACACUCAGACCUCAAAUUAACAUCAGGUAUCAAUUAAUAAUACAGGAAGAGCGUACAAUUCACUAACCACAACUGCUAACCAUCACCCAGCAAUUAAAUCUACCAGUCGAUAAAGAUAAAAGUCAUCAUCUACUGGAAGACAAACAAAGGAAAAUGGCAUAAAGGAAACUUGGCCACAGUUUCCCCCUCCUUGGUGCUUGAACCCAGGGCCACUCACUACACCACAAGUCAACCCAAAGUGUAUAUUACAGGUAGGUGUUGGUGAAUCAGGGUAUAUACAAUUGUCUGGUCCGUAGCGUCUAACUUCUCAACUUUUCCCUGUUGUCUCUCUUCUUCCUGAACAAAUGUCCAUCCUUCCUUCAAUUCAUCCCACAACUCAAUUUCUUACUAAACAUUCUUCCUCCAAUGGCAUCAUCUAACAACCCUUUCCCUUCUCAAUCCAUAACUAAUUUAAUUCUCCUUCACCUCGUUAUCACCCUUAGAAGGCUCUCCAAGACAUAGCCAUCGAUCAUCAUGUAACAAAUCUUCCUCCAUCUCACAACGCCUCCUCCUCCUCGCCACCUCUUUCCUUCUCAUCUGUACAUCUGACAUCUUUCAGUUUCUACUUCUGUCUCCAUUUCGUUCUACACUGUCUUCAUCUUCGCUGUCUCGUAUAAUUGUGUAAUGUUUGACCUUAUGAAGGAUCCACAGGAGAGGCUCACGAUAAAUCUGCUCAAAAACUCGGGUGUUAGUCGUCUCUUAUACUUCAAACAGCUUCCAUGUGAUCGAACUAUUUUGUGCAUCAUUGUCUAUGUGUUUGAAGACCCUGAAGAAAAACUUAACAUUUACUGGUGUAUUUUAGAUGUUUCUUCUUAUUAUAUACAUUAUUAAAAAAAAUCACUC